AUGGCCGCCGCCGACGACGCCCGCACGGCGGCGCCGCACCCGCACGCGCUCCUGCUCCCGUACCCGGCGCAGGGCCACGUGAUCCCGUUCAUGGAGCUGGCCGACCGCCUCCUCGACCGCGGCUUCGCCGUCACCUUCGUCAACACCGAGUUCAACCACCGCCGCGUCGUCGUGGCCGCCGCCGGCCGAGCGCUCGGAGCCGCCGCGGCCGCGGCUUGCGACGGCCGGCUGCGGCUCGUGGGCGUCGCAGACGGGAUGGGCUACGGCGAGGACCGCGACAACCUCGUCCGCCUCAACGCCUGUAUGCAGGAGGCCAUGCCGCCGCGGCUCGACGCGCUCCUCGACGCCGACGACGAGCGCCUCGGCAGGGUGACGUGCGUCGUGGUCGACGCCGGCAUGUCGUGGGCGCUGGACGCGGUCAAGCGGCGUGGGCUCCCGGCAGCCGCCCUCUGGCCCGCGUCGGCGGCCGUGCUCGCCGUGCUCCUGGGCGCCAAGAAGCUCAUUCGCGAUGGCGUCAUCGAUGACGACGGAGCUCCAGUUAAACUGGAGAACAACUCGUUCCGGCUGGCCGAGUCGAUGCCGGCUAUGGACGCCGUGUUCCUCGCCUGGAACUACAUGGGCAACCGCGACGCGGAGCGCAUGGUCUUCCACUACCUCACCACCACGGCGUGGGCCGCUGUCGCCAAGGCGGACGUCGUCCUCUGCAACACCUUCGCGGACCUCGAGCCAGACAUCUUCGGGCCCCACUCUCCGGCGGCCACCACCAUCCUCCCGAUCGGCCCGCUGCGCACCUGGCAGCGCCGGACGAGCGAGGCGCCGGCCGGGCACUUCUGGCGCGCCGACGACGAGGCCUGCUUGUCCUUCCUCAACGCGCAGGCCCAUGGCUCCGUGGCGUACGUGGCGUUCGGGAGCCUGACGGUCAUGAGCCCCGCACAGCUCCAGGAGCUCGCGCUGGCUCUGCUGGCCUCCGGCCGCCCGUUCCUGUGGGUGUUCCGGCCAGGGCUGGCGGCCGAGCUCCCCGCCGCGUUCAUGGAUCUCUUGCCACGCCAUGGGAGGGGUAAGGUGGUGGAGUGGGCGCCGCAGGAGAAAGUGCUCGCGCACCCUGCGGUCGGGUGUUUCUUGACGCAUUGCGGGUGGAACUCGACGUUGGAGGGCGUCCGCCAUGGCGUGCCUUUGCUUUGUUGGCCCUACUUCACUGACCAGUUCACGAACCAGGCCUAUAUCUGUGAUAUGUGGAGGGUGGGGUUAAGGAUAGUGCCCAAUGAUAGUGAUGGCAUUGUCACCAAGGAGAGAAUCAUGGAGAGAUUGGAGAGCCUGAUGUGUGAUAGUGGUGUUAAGGAAAGGAUGAAAAGAUUGAAGGAUUUGGCAGAGAGAAGCAUGGGGACAGAGGGCCAAUCUUUGAAGAACCUCGGGACAGAGGGUCAAUCUUUGAAGAACCUCAACACCUUCAUGGAGUCUAUGAGGAAGUGA